AGGUAUAGACUUCAGACUGUAAAGUCCUUAGCAGGAGUGAGCCUGAUGUUACGGUUACUGUGGGCCAGUUUGAGAUGGGAUGAUAUGGCAGCAAAGGCUCCACCAGGAGGAGGGACUACACGGACAGAAACAUCGGAAACUGAAAUCACAACAACAGAAAUAAUUAAGAGGCGAGAUGUUGGUCCCUAUGGCAUUCGAUCUGAAUACUGCAUCAGGAAAAUCAUUUGCCCCAUUGGAGUUCCAGAAGCACCAAAAGAAACACCUACACCUCAGAGGAAAGGCCUGCGAUCAAGUGCACUUCGGCCAAAGAGACCAGAAACACCCAAGCAAACUGGCCCUGUUAUCAUUGAAACCUGGGUAGCUGAAGAAGAACUGGAACUCUGGGAGAUCAGAGCCUUUGCUGAGAGAGUGGAGAAAGAAAAGGCACAAGCCGUCGAGCAACAGGCUAAGAAACGACUGGAGCAGCAGAAGCCAACAGUCAUUGCAGCUUCUACUACUUCCUCAACAAACAGUACAACCAGUACUCUCUCUCCAGCUCAGAAAGUUAUGGUGGCCCCCAUAAGUGGCUCAGUUACCCCUGGAACUAAAAUGGUACUAACCACAAAAGUGGGGUCUCCAGCUACAGUCACAUUCCAGCAAAACAAGAACUUCCACCAAACCUUCGCUACAUGGGUUAAACAAGGCCAGUCAAACUCAGCCACCAGCACAGCUGCCACAUCUGCUACAACCAUUGCCAGCACAGGUCAGACGUUCCAAAUUACAGGCAAUCCAGUCACUAUGGCAGGAAAAGUAAUAACCAAACUGCCACUUCCUGCAAACAGCAAGAUUGUCGCUGUAAAUGUGCCAGCAACACAAGGAGGCGUUGUACAGGUACAGCAGAAAGUCCUGGGUAUCAUUCCAUCAAGUACGGGUACAAGUCAGCAGACCUUGACUUCAUUCCAGCCCAGGACAGCAACAGUAACAAUUAGGCCUAAUACCUCAGCCUCUGGAGGAACCACCAGCACAUCACAAGUAAUCACAGGGCCUCAGAUCCGCCCUGGUAUGACGGUGAUUAGAACACCACUCCAACAGUCAACAUUAGGAAAGGCAAUUAUUCGAACACCUGUGAUGGUACAGCCAGGUGCUCCUCAGCAAGUGGUGACUCAGAUCAUCAGAGGGCAGCCUGUUUCCACUGCCAUCUCUGCCCCAAGCACAGCAUCCUCCACACCUGGGCACAAAGGCCUAACUCCUGGAACAUCCACGACAAAUCUACAGUCUUCAACCCCACAACCCCCUCGCCCCCAACAAGGACAGGUGAAGCUUACCAUGGCUCAACUGACUCAGUUAACACAGGGCCACGGUGGCAAUCAAGGUUUGACAGUAGUAAUUCAAGGACAAGGUCAAACUACUGGACAGUUGCAGUUGAUACCUCAAGGGGUGACUAUCCUCCCUGGCCCAGGACAGCAGCUCAUGCAAGCUGCGAUGCCAAAUGGUACUGUGCAGCGAUUCCUUUUUACCCCCUUGACAACAACAGCCACGACCGCCAGCACCACCACCACCACUGUUUCCACUGCAACAGCAGGUUCAGGUGAACAAAAACAGAAUAAAUUAUCACCUCAGACACAGGUGCAACAAGCCAAAACCCUGCCACCAACUCAGUCAUCAAGUGUGAGCCCUGCAGAAACCCAGCCACAGACUGCUCAGCCUUCAGCACAGCCCCAGCCCCAGCCCCAGUCCCCAGUGCAGCCUGAAGUUCAGACCCAGCCUGAAGCCCAGCCCCAGACAGCCGUUUCAUCUCAUAUCCCUUCUGAAGCACAGCCCACCCAAGCACAGUCAUCCAAACCCCAAGUUGCAGCACAAUGUCAGCCUCAGAGUACUGUCCAGGGACAGUCUCCUGUUCGUGUCCAGAGUCCACCACAGACUCGAUUACGUCCAUCAACUCCAUCCCAAGUGUCUCCUGGACAGCAGUCCCAGAUUCAGACUACAACCUCACAACCGAUUCCAAUUCAGCCACACACAUCUCUUCAGAUACCUUCCCAAGGCCAGCCACAGUCACAACCCCAGGUACAGUCUUCAACUCAAACUCUUUCAUCAGGACAAACGUUAAAUCAAGUUACUGUUUCAUCCCCAUCCCGUCCUCAGCUACAAAUUCAGCCACAGCCCCAAGUCAUUGCUGUGCCUCAGCUACAACAAGUCCAGGUUCUCUCUCAGAUCCAGUCGCAGGUUGUGGCUCAGAUACAGGCUCAGCAAGGUGGUGUGCCCCAGCAAAUCAAACUCCAGUUACCCAUUCAAAUUCAGCAAAGCAGUGCUGUGCAGACUCACCAGAUUCAGAAUGUGGUGACAGUGCAGGCAGCCAGUGUGCAAGAGCAGUUGCACAGGGUUCAGCAACUCAGGGAUCAGCAGCAAAAGAAGAAACAGCAACAGAUAGAAAUUAAACGUGAACACACCCUCCAAGCUUCUAACCAAAGCGAAAUCAUUCAGAAACAGGUGGUGAUGAAGCAUAAUGCUGUAAUAGAACAUUUAAAACAGAAAAAGACCAUGACUCCAGCUGAGCGAGAAGACAAUCAAAGAAUGAUUGUCUGUAACCAGGUGAUGAAGUACAUUUUGGAUAAGAUAGAUAAAGAAGAAAAACAGGCAGCAAAAAAACGGAAGCGUGAAGAGAGUGUGGAACAGAAACGGAGCAAGCAAAAUGCUACUAAGCUCUCGGCUCUGCUUUUCAAACACAAAGAGCAACUCAAAGCAGAAAUCUUGAAAAAGAGGGCACUCCUAGACAAAGACCUGCAAAUCGAAGUGCAGGUAAGAGGGUAUUUCCUUUCCUCCUCUGCCAGGAGGUGA